AUGCGCCAAGGGACUGACCCACUAUCUAAAAUAUGCUCUGAGCUUAGAGUUGGUAAUUUGUCAGAAGAAAGUUUACGUUUACUGCAAGACAGACUGAAUUUUGACCAAACAGAAUUUGAGAAUGCUGUACGAAUUUUUCCAGAGAACCAAAUGUGUGACGAAUAUAAUAAAAAACGGACUAUACAACUCAGACGAACUCAGCGCACUUAUAAAAUUAAGGCGCAAGACACGUAUGCAGACGGUACUAAGCAAGGGCGAACAUACCCUGAACAAUCUUUGCCUACAACGAUUGAUAGAACUGGUGGAUUUCCAAACGGGAUAGAAUUGGGUGUCGGUAGUAGAGUCAUGCUUCGUAAAAAUAUUGAUGUUAUGAGUGGAAAAAGUAAUGGCACUACUGGGGUGGUUCGUAAAAUUGAAUGGACCAUUGAUAUAGACCAACAGAUUUCUGAGGGUGACAUGCCAAAAAGAGUUUCUAUUCUUUUUGAUCACGAGUCCGUAGAAACCUGGAUUGAACCAACAACUGUAGAAUUCUUCGCAAGAGGGCAGCAAAGAGUUACUCGUCGAACGCUGCCUCUGAUUUUGUGCUGGGCAAUUACAACGCAUAAAACCCAAGGUUCCACAUUAAAUCAGGCGGUGGUAUAUUUAGGCAGCAAAUGCAAAACCAAGGGAUUAGCGUAUGUCGCUAUAUCCAGGGUCAGAACACUUGCCGGGUUAGGCAUUAUCACGUUAGAUCCUAGAAAGUUGUUGACGACAGGGAAAUUUAACCCUGCAGAUACUGACGCUCUGGAUGAAUUGGAAAGAUUAAGAGCAACACUUGAAAAUUAA